CCCGCUCGACCUAUCCCGCGCCUCAAGCCGGAAGCUGCACUCGCUGAAACCUGCCUCACGGCGCUUGCUGCCAAUUUCAGCUCCGACAAUGCCACAGACGCCUGCCCUAUAUCAUGACCCACUUUGCUGACGCCCUUUUUUCUUAAUUUGAACCUUACUGCUGCCUGCUGCCUUGUGACCGUCUAGUCUACUUCUUCUUCUUCUCGUCGCCAUGUUCCGCAUGUCCAAUAAGCGCCCGCGCGAGGACGACGAUGACGACCCCACCGUGCACCACGAUAAGAUCAAAAAGCAUCGUGUCGGCGAAGCUCCGCAGCGCGCACAUCCUCCCGUGCCGCCAUUCUUAAACCUGCACCACCACCAAAUCAGAUCUCCGUCCUACCUCCCACCGGCUCUGACGCCGGGCCAAUCCGACGACUCGGGAUGUGACUCGCCGGACCUGCCGCCGUACAUGGCUGCCAGCGCGCACAGCGACACGGACAUGCAAGACUGCUAUGAAGACGAUUUCAACAUGCUGCGCUCCAACCCCAACUCGCCCGCCCUGCCGUUCAUGCUCCCGGAACGCCUGAACCCGCGCCUCCCCACCGACAGCACUGGCCGCAUCCCCACCCCCAUCUACGGCUCCUUCCCUCCAGCCAGCAAAGCGGCUCUCCCGCGCGGCUCCAGCGACAUCAGCACCAUGGAGCUCGAAGAGCCGCCCACCCCCACGACCACCAGCACCAGCACCAGCUCUUUCACCCGCGGCCGCGGUCGCCGCAUGCCCUCGCCCAUCAGCGAGAACGAGUCCUCCGUCGCCACGCCCACGUCCGAGGCCGGCAGCCGGCUGUCGCGCCUCCGCGUCUCGGCCGACGAGGGCAUGGACGUGGACAUGCCGUCGCCAGCCUCGGCGACAGGCUCGGGUUUCUCGUCCCCGCGCUUGCAUGACCCUAGGGCUGGCGGCCGUUCCCGCAGCGGCGCUAUCACUACCGGCAAGAAGAAGUUCUUUAUGGGGUUUCGUGACGAUUGCCCUAAGUGCUUGGCGAAGGUGCCGGGACACAACGCGCAUUUCCUUCCGCUUUGAUUUGGGUUAGCUUUCUCUCUCUCUCUCUCUUUUCUCUCUCUUUUCUCUCGCUUUUCUCUCAUGGCUCUUGGCUUUGCUUUGCUUGGUUUGGCUUGGUUACGACGCGGCGUUUGGAGCGUAUAGGCAAGCGAACGGACGGGCGCGCGUGUAAACAUCUGCGGGCAUUUCUGGACGGAUGGAUGGAUGGAUGGAGGGACGGGUACACAAGGAAGGAGCCUUGGGCGGGGUUAUAGCUGGCUUGCUAGAUACGGCGCCUCCCUGGCUUAUAACGGGACUGACGGACAGUGAUGCCGAGAUGCGCGCAAAUACAGGAGUUCUUUUUCGUUGUUGUUGUUGUUGUUGUUGUUGUUGUUGUUGUUG